UGAUAGAGUCUACUGGCAGCGGAGAUGUGAUGGGACCUUUAGUGUUGUUCACGUUGAGAAAAGUGCUGCAGGUCACUGCAUCAGCACCAAGGCCGUCGGCUCAGACAAACGAUAUCACUCACCUCUACAAACAUCCACGAGGUACGGAGGAAGAGCAUACUGCUAUAGAAACAGCCAUUCGUCACGGCUCCAAGCGAUGCACAUACCCAUUGCCCUGCGCGGAAGAUGUGACCGUCAAAGUCAGCAUGCAUGGGGAAGGACCAUGUGUAGGGAAGGAUGCUGUGCUUUCCAUCAUUUUGCAGAAUAAAUGCAACUCGCCUCGUACCAUCACCCUCUACAGUCAAGAGGCAGCCACAUACUACACCGGAGUCCAUAAUGCUUUAGUGAGGAAGAGGAGCCAAGUGAACAUUGAGCUGAAGGCCAGUGAGGUCCAGACUCUACCGUGGACCCUGCGAUAUGACGAGUAUAAGAACCACCUAGUGGAUCAGGCGGCCUUGAUGCUCCAUCUCUUUGGACAGGUCGCUCAGACCAAACAGAUUCUGGCCACUCAGUUCCACUUCAGAACUGCGCACUCCAGAUCUAGUUAUAUCUCCUGUAUGUGAUGCAGUCCUGGGUCAAGAAGUGCCAGUCAAAAUCACAUUCCAAAAUCCACUGCCUUGUGUCCUAAAGAAUGUGAUAUUUCGUAUUGAGGGUCUGGGACUGAAGCAUUCCAGAAUUGUUAGCUAUGGUGAUAUCGCAAGCCUGGGCACAGUGAAUCUGACAGAGACAUUUAUUCCAGUGCGACAUGGUGCACAGAAACUACUGGCGUCCCUCGACUGUCCUCAACUCAAUCAAGUGCA